UUGUUCUUUAACCAAUCCGGUCGCCGCCAUUUCUCACCUUCUCCUUCCGGAAACCCUAGUGAGAAUUCUCUCAAUCUUUAGCCAUGGCGGAGAGAGGAGAACGUGGAGGUUUUGGGCGCGGCUUUGGCCGUGGUCGUGGCGAUAGAGGCCGUGGCGACCGCCGAGGCGGGCGCCGGGGUGGUGGACGUCGUGAGGAGGAGGAGAAGUGGGUUCCUGUUACCAAGCUUGGCCGCCUUGUCAAAGAAGGAAAGAUCAAGAGCUUGGAGCAGAUCUACCUUCACUCUCUCCCAGUGAAAGAGCACCAGAUCAUCGAAACUCUCAUCGGAGGCCCCGGAUCUGGCCUCAAGGAUGAGGUCAUGAAGAUCAUGCCCGUCCAGAAGCAGACUCGCGCCGGGCAGCGCACCCGCUUCAAGGCCUUCGUCGUCGUCGGUGAUAGCAAUGGGCACGUCGGCCUUGGCGUCAAGUGCGCUAAGGAAGUAGCUACCGCGAUCCGUGGCGCGAUCAUACUGGCGAAGCUGUCUGUAGUUCCUGUCAGGAGGGGAUAUUGGGGAAAUAAGAUUGGAUUGCCGCACACCGUGCCGUGCAAGGUGACUGGUAAGUGUGGCUCGGUCACUGUUCGUUUGGUACCGGCGCCUCGUGGUUCUGGGAUUGUUGCUGCUAGGGUUCCGAAGAAGCUGUUGCAAUUCGCUGGCAUUGAGGAUGUCUUCACUUUCCGUGGCUCUACCAAGACCCUUGGCAACUUUGUUAAGGCUACAUUUGACUGUCUAAUGAAGACCUACGGCUUCCUGACACCUGACCUUUGGACUGAGACUCGCUUUACCAGGUCUCCCUUCCAAGAGUUCACAGAUCUUUUGGCAAAACCCACCAAAACCAUCAUUGAGGAACCUGAGAGGCUGGAAGCUUAACAAUGGCUAUCAUAUGUCAGUUUUGUUUUUCUGUUCCAUCUAUAGUUUUUAUUACGCGGGACUUGUGUAGUAAGACAGAUCAAAUGGAUGCCCUUGUUAAUUUUUAGUGUCUGCCUUAAAUGAUGAAAUCAUCUCCUGGGUUGAACUGUUUGAUCC